AGGACUAGGAGACUUUUAACAUGAAAAUCUUUACAACCUCCCUUUGCUUUGGAUUACUGACUUUGUUAUCUGUGAUGAUCCUUUGGGAAUCAGUGCAAGGAUGGCCGUAUAUUACUCCAGGAAAGGAAUUGUUUCCAGACAAAGGAGAUACACAUCAGGAAGAACUGUUGAUGGCUCUUCUCAAUAAAAAUUUUGAUUUCCAAAGACCUUCCAACAUUGGUGUAGAAUUGGUCAACAAAUUGGAAAAACUUAACCAGCUACAAAAGUUGAAAGAGCAAAUAACGGAUGCAAAGAGUUCUGGCAUAUCUUAUGCUGUGGACAAUCUAUCCUCUUCCCAUGGUAAUAAACGAGCUUGCUUUUGGAAAUACUGCGUUUAAAGUGUCUUCU